CCUUCUUUGCAUGUCGGCUGUUCCUGUGGAUGCCACACAGGAUCUGGCAUCUGCAGCUGACGUGCCCCCAGCCUUUGUGCACCGGUACCAUGACAAAGGCUGGGCUGUACAGGACCAUCCGGAGGGUCCUGGACAUCGACGGCUGGUAUCUCAUGGCCACUGAGUACCUAGAGUGCCGUCGGUGUAAGAAGAAGGUCGGAGGGUGGUCACAGGGCAUCAUCAGGCAGCUGUCCCCCACCUACAGCUGCCAAUUCCCAGCUGUACUUACGUACAAGCUGUCCUGUGACCUUAGGGUGGUCGUACAGCUGAGGUCUCGCACUCUGGGUAACAGUGCUUCUCGGCUGUGCAACACCCUGCGGGAGGCGCACUCAGAUGCCUGGAUGCGGAGAGCUAUCGCGUACCUCGGCGUGUGCGAGCAGUUCCUGGCCUUGUGCACGGUGAGGGGGCAGUUCCCACCACCACCCCAGAUGCCCCCUCUCCCCUCCGCCGUCUGGCUGUUGACAGUCUACAGCCAUGACGUCCUGACGCGGCUGGAGGAGUACAAGGCCAGGAUCACGUCCACCUUGGGAUCCAUCCUAAAGAUGGAUUCCACUAAGAAGGUGACGAAAAAGCUUGCAGGUACCGCUGAAGACACGGCCGCCUGGGUUACCAACGUGGGUAACGAGCACGGGCAGGUCCUCAUCAGUGUCCUCACCUGCUCCGAGGGCACCGAGGGCCUGUCCCCCAUGGCGGUCGGGUUGAUGAGGCGGUACCGACUCGCCGGGGUACAUCCCCCCCAGCUGAUCUACGUGGAUCGUGACUGCUGCAGCCGAGACGGCGUGUCGAAGACAGCUGCCUUGUUUCAGGUGUCACCACAGAGACCCACGAGCUGUACGCCCCCUUCAUGAGGCAGCUGUCUCACUGCAUCUUCGAGGUGGACUCGUGAGAUGCCCGCCGUCU